AUGGACUCAUACCUGAUCCAAGUGAACGGCCGUGGAGAUCAUGCCCCUCUGCUGGAUGUUCAUCUCAAGACCAACGGGAACAACAUAUCGCUGGGGAAGGUGAAGAGCCGAAAGCCAAGAUGGGCUGUCAGGGCUUCUGAAAUGUCAAAGAAGACUUUCAAUCCUGUUCGAGCCAUUGUAGACAGCAUGAAGGUGGAGCCCAACCCAAAGAAAGCUAUGAUCUCCUUGUCCUUAGGAGAUCCAACGGUCUUUGGAAACCUUCCCACAAAUGAUGAGGUCACACGGGCUAUGAAGGAGGCUUUGGACUCAGGACGUUACAACGGUUAUGCUCCAUCUGUUGGCUACCAGUCCUGCCGGGAGGCCGUGGCCAGGUACUACAGCUGCCCAGAGGCACCCCUGCAGGCCCAGGAUGUCAUCUUAACAAGUGGCUGCAGCCAGGCCAUAGAACUUGCCUUGGCGGUGCUGGCUAACCCAGGACAGAAUAUCCUGGUGCCACGACCUGGCUUCUCCCUCUACAAGACUCUGGCAUUGUCUAUGGGGAUUGAGGUCAAGCUCUACAACCUCUUGCCAGAGAAGGGCUGGGAAAUUGAUUUGAAGCACUUGGAGUCUCUCGUGGAUGAGAAGACAGCUUGUCUCAUUGUGAACAACCCGUCGAACCCCUGUGGCUCUGUGUUCAGCAAGAGCCACCUCCAGAAGAUCCUGGCAGUGGCAUCAAGACAGUGCAUACCCAUCCUUGCUGACGAGAUCUAUGGAGACAUGGUGUUUGCUGACUGCAAAUAUGAACCCAUUGCAACUCUCAGCACCAAUGUGCCAAUCUUAUCCUGUGGUGGCUUGGCAAAGCGAUGGCUGGUCCCUGGCUGGCGGAUGGGCUGGAUCCUAAUUCAUGACAGGAGAGACAUCUUUGGUAAUGAGAUCAGGGAUGGCCUUCUAAGGCUGAGUCAAAGGAUCCUAGGACCCUGUACAAUUGUCCAAGGAGCACUGGAACGUAUCUUGCACCGCACACCCCCUGAGUUCUACCACAACACCCUCAGCAUCCUCAAGGCCAAUGCUGACCUUUGUUAUGCUGCCUUAUCAGCUAUCCCUGGCCUCCAGCCUGUCCGGCCUGCUGGAGCCAUGUACCUCAUGGUUGAGAUUGAGAUGGAGCAUUUCCCUGAGUUUGAAAAUGAUGUGGAGUUCACCGAGCGACUCAUCUCGGAGCAGUCUGUGUUCUGCUUGCCAGCCACGUGCUUUGAGUACCCAAACUUCUUCCGUGUGGUGAUCACUGUGCCUGAGGAAAUGAUCUUGGAGGCCUGCAGCCGCAUUCAGGAGUUCUGUGAGAUGCACUACCAGGGUGCUGAGGGGGCCCAGGAUCUGGAGUGUGACAAGUAG